ACUCUUGGUGGCGUGGGGGUAGUGGCCCUGUCUCUGGCUGUGCUGUUUGACACUCUUGCUAAAAAGGUCAGGGGAGAGUGGGUGCCACACUCAGGGCCUAUUCCAGGUUUAUUUGCAAAAGACCUGAGAGGAUACUACCCACCACAUGUCUACACAGUCAGUGAGUUCCUGAGACUGGUACCCUACAUUGCAAACAACCCCACCAGGAUGAGAAAAGAGACAGAAAGAUCAAAAUGGGGAACAUGCAGUGUCCUGCUGAGGACGCAGCCCACCUGGCCUCUGUUGCUCGAGACAUCUGUCUUUUCCCAAACUACAACCCCAGUCCUCUUCUCCUCAACGUGCUGUCCGUCGACUAUUCUCUUCUCCUGAGGAACCACUACACAGCAGUGCAGUCCUCCCUCACCCCCAAGCAGCUGGAGGACUUCACCCUGGACCUGAGGACCACUUUUGGCAGGGAGGGCAAGGUCACUCUCGGCGGCGUGGGGGUAGUGGCCCUGUCUCUGGCUGUGCUGUUUGACACUCUUGCUAGGCGGGCCAGGGGAGAGUGGGUGCCAGACUCGGGGCCUAUUCCAGGUUUAUUUGUCCAAAACAUGAGAGGGUACUACCCACCGCAUGUCUACACAGUCAGCGAGUACCUGAGACUGGUACCCUACAUUGCAAACAACCCCACCAGGAUGAGAAAAGAGACAGGGAGGUACCUCAAGCAACUGAAAACUGAUGACCGAUCUUUGGACAAAUUGGGAGAAAACAAGACGUUACUGAUGAUGGAAGACACAACAGCACUCAAUGUGAAUCUGGGGAAAUUUUUUGCAGGCUGCUUGAAGCUUCACCUCCACCGCAUCAAAAACACUACAGCUAAUAGGUACUUUAGCUCUGAAACAAGAGAAAUUCGUAUUGUCCUCAAUCUUAAUUGUGACCCAGAGACAGUUGACAAUGAUUUUUUGGCUAAAUUGCAAAAAUCUGUCAUCCGCACUCGAGAAGCUUUUGACAGAUGCAAGCCCAAAAGCGGAUAUUCACCAAAAUCAUGGCUGGUUUAUGUUGCAGGGCUUGAAUUGAUAGAUGCCAUGUUCCUACCCUUACAUGCAGCUGGAGGUAGGAGUACUGAUUCUUUGAUUGCUGAAAGGGAAGAUUUUGAUCUGAAGGCCAAUGCACUCAGGAAAUGGGUAGAGUAG